UUUGGUUUGGUGCAUGUACGUUCAAAGGCGGCGAAAAACAAUGGCCAGUUACCAACUGCACAUGAUCUUUUCAUGAAGACACACUUCAAGGAGAUCCCUGGGAAAGGAAAGGUGCCAGCAAAUGCCAAAGUCAAGAACAUUGCGGAGAACUACCAGAAGAAUGUUGAAGAAGCCACCACUCAAGGGAUUAAAAAGAGUCCUAAUGAGUUGUUUUGGGAGAGUGUGGGUGGUUGCAACAAGAAGGGUCGAGUGAGGGGACUUGGCCAAAGUGCAGAGCUGUACUUUGGAAACCGGACGGGUCGAGGUUCUAGGCCUUCACAACAGUACACACCGUUUGUUGUUAGUCAGAUGCAAGACCAGAUGGACCAUAGGGUGGAGGCUCUUCGUAGUGAGAUACGCAAUGAACUCCGAAGUGAAAUACGAAGUGAACUUCGGAGUGAAAUGGAAGUUGAGAUGCAAGCUCAAAUUCAAGCUGAAGUAGCCCAAAUGGAAAGGAGAGCUGAGGAGAGGUGGAAUGACUUCAUCAGACGAUUUGGCAACGACACCUGUUCCACCAUUCAGCCUCAGCGACGAGACCCUAGGGAUGACCCGGGUAGUGGAGGAGCAAGCCAGGGUACCCCUGCAGUUUUUUAGCCUAGCUUAGGUUUAUGUAGUACGGACAAGUAGUUAAUUAGAAUUUAUGUAGCAUUUGAUGAUUUUCCCGCUUUUGUAGAAUUACUA